UUAGUUGAUUCAGGUGUGCUAGCUCUGGGUUACAUCUGAUAGAUGGAAUGGCACCCCCCCCCCCAAAAAAAUUGAUAUGGUGUCAAUUUUGGAAUUGAAUUACGGAAGGAAAAUUUUGAUGCACCUGUAUACUUGGUAUGUGUGGGUGUAUGACUGAGAACUACACCCUGCACAUAGAGAAGAGCGGCUGUAACCAGUGUGUCACUAUCAACACCACCAUCUGCAGCGGCUUCUGUCACACACAGGACACCAAUGUGAAAGGGCGUGUGGGUCGGAGUUACCUGAUCCAACGAGGCUGCAUGCCCCACACCCUGGUGCAUCGCGCCGCGCGGGUGCCGGGAUGCCCGCUACACAUCAGCCCGCUCCUCUACUUCCCCGAGGUCCACCGGUGCCACUGUACACGUUGUGAUGGACACGCCCACCGCUGUGUCCACAAGGCCCAGGACACCCCUGCCCCCUGCCCCAGGACAAGCCCCUCCCCACCCAGGACCAGACCCCUCCCCACGCCCCUCCCCCUGUCUGGCCCAGGCCACACCAGCUCCCUGCCCCAGUAUAAGCCCCACCCCACGCAGGACAGGACCACGCUGCCUGCCCCAGGACCAGCCCCUCCCACCCCUGUACUGGCCCACGUCCACAGGGCGGAAAACAAAGUGACUGGGAAACGUGACCACCUGAAGACCACUGACCACACAACUGAUCACCUGUCUAACUGA